AUAACAGCCGUGUCAAAGUCUAAAAGUUUCCAAAGUUAUAGUUUACAGUCGAAAGUAUCGGAUAAUAUCAAUAGAACUUAAUGUCCAGUGAAAAUUCAGUGAUUUUAUGUGAGAAAUAAUAAACAAUACGAGAGCAGUAAAUUAUAAAACACACAAAUAUAGAGAGAAACAGAGAGACAGAGAACCAUAAACGAAAAAAAAAAUAGUCGUAUUAAGGAACGGGUCAGUGUGGUGUGAUAAGAUGGCUUCCAGUCUCACAGCCGAUUCAUUCUUCAACUUAUCCACUCAACAGCAACAGAAAAAUAAUUACAAUAAGGAAUACAUUUAUGUUAAGCUCACGGAUUCUGCAUUGCGUGCCAUUGAAGAAUUUUUAAAGAAUCAAAACAAGUAUGGAUCUUCAAACCCAUCGAUACAAUUUCUUGGAAACGAAGGUUUCUUGUCAUUUCCAUCACUCGGUAAUAAUGGCAGCAGCAGUCAACAGAUGGAACAAAAAUUUAGCUUUCAGUUAACGGAUAUGGAGGAAACACAGGGAUCAUUUGAAUGCCUUCAGCAAGCAAAUGGAUCAAUGAAUGUUCUUGGUCCAGUUCAAUAUAAAAUGCGUGUUCAAGCACAAGAGGAUGUUUAUGAGAACACGCGACGUAGUAUGGCGCAGGCAGCUCAAAAUCAAAAAAAUAAAUGUACACGUGAAAUUAAACCAAAUCAGCAGGACAUUGGUAGGAAAAUAACGAAGAAGCCAACAAUAAUUCCAUCGUCAGUGUAUAAUAAUAGUCGUACUACAAAUAGUGGAACACCAAAUAAUUCUAGUAGCAGUAAUAGCCUGAAACGUUCAUUAGAUGUCGCAGAUCGAUCGAAUUCAAGCAGCAACACCAACAAUGAUAACUGCAGUCCAAUGUUACAUUUCACAUCUCAACAACAAAUUCCAGCAAUUAAUAAUAGUCAUAGUAAUUACAACUCACAGGAUCAUCAUGAUUCAUACCAUCAUCAGUCAAGUCAUCAUCACAAUAAUGCAAUUAACGGUGUAGUCGGUGAUGAUGUUGAUCAUCAGCGAAUGUCAUCCAGUAUGGGACAUAACUUAAAUCGUAAUAAUGGACAACAAAAUCAUCGGAUUCCUGAUAUUGCACGAAAGCCAAUUAAGGAAAGACUUAUACACUUAUUAGCAUUAAGGCCAUUUAAGAAACUAGAAUUGUAUGAUAGGCUAAAUAGAGAGGGUAUUAGGGACCGAGACAGAAAUGUCAUCACAAAUGUAUUAAAAUUAAUUUCAUUUGUUCGUGAUAAUGCUUACGUACUACAUAGACAUAUAUGGAAUGAUGUGCAUGAAGAUUGGCCAUUUUAUAGCGACCAAGAUCGAGCAACACUGAAACGACGUAAGCCACAAAAUUUAACACCACCAUUAUCAAGCGACGGAGGAUCGUCUUCAACGUCUGGUCAAAGUCCAAAUAGUCAACAUAAUGGUUCACCCCCGCCUAUUGUAAAGAGGCCGUCAUCUCAAUCAACAUCGAGUUUAAAUAAUAAUAUGAACAGUAAAAUGAAUUAUGAUAAUGAAAAAUAUAUGGAACCAGUUGCGAAAAAGACGCGAAUUAGUCACUUUAGUAGUCGUGAUGGUACUUCCUAUAUUUCUUCACGAUCGCGGGACACUGAUGAUUACUUUGGCCCAAGCAUAACUCCAAAUUCAUUAGAUGAAAGUAAUAGUUUAGGACUCAAUUUUACUGUGCUGAGUAAUGAUAGCAUAAGCAAAAGAAUUGCAAUGAAUAAUAAUAGUAGUAGUAAAUGUAGUAGUAGGGGACAAUCAAAAAGCAGUAAUAACAGUAAUGUAGAUCGUUCUCAACGUAAUGGCAAUCGGACAAAUGGAACAAUUAAGACAACGACAAGCAGCUCAUAUGACACGAUUAGAACCGAUAAUGGUGAUAUUAAUAUUGAUAGCCUUCGGGAGACCUCAUCGAAGAAUGUAUCAACCAAGGCUAAGUUUAGUGACUAUCCACCUAUCACGUCGGUAGAACAACGUCGCAAAUAUAAGACUGAAUUUGACAAAGAUUACAGUGAAUAUCGACAGUUGCAUACGAUAAUCGAAAAGACUCGUAAUAAAUUUACAAAUUUGCAAGAUGAAUUACGUAAAGUACAUUCGUCGGAUGAGCGGAAAUAUCAGGAGAUUCAAAAUCAAAUUAUUCAAGAAUACAGAGAGAACAACAAUGAUACCAGAUUUCAAGAUAAGAAACAGAGGUUUGAAUAUUUACAUGAUAAACUGUCGCACAUAAGAAAGCUCGUGGAUGAUUUUGAUUCGCAACUAGUAAAAGGUAAUGUCACAACUGAUAAUGGUUUAUCAUAUAGUUCGCAACAAACUACGAACAGUAAUACGCAAUCGAUACAUACUGCCUACUGACACUGUCGACUGUUGUUGCUAAUGCUUAUUUAAAAAGAAUGAAAAAAAAAAUAUAGGGUUUCAACAAAACAAAAGAAGAAGAAUUGACAUUAAAAUGUUCUUUUAUCAAACUGGCUGUCUCAUGGCGAAAUGAUGGAUAAGAAAAAAAAAGAAAAUCAUAUAUGAAGAAAUUCUUAUUGAGUUCUUUAGAAUUAAUUUUUAAGAUUCUGAUUCAUGAUAAACUGAUACGAUGAUUUUUUUCGUCUCUUUGUUAAUGUUUUUUUUACUAUUAUUAUUAUUUCAUAUUUAGAUGAAUUAUAUUGCUCGACUAAAGCUUGAUUCUCAUGUGGAGAAGAAGAAUAGCAAAACACGUUAAUUAUAUUACGAAAUUGUUUUUUUUUUUCAAAUAAAAAUUGAAUGAAAAGAAGGAAAGGCAAAAGUAACAAAAAAAAAGAUAUAAAAGAUUUCCCAUAUUUCUCUUAUGUAUCUCUGAGCUAUCUUAUAUGCAAAAAAAAGAAAAGAAAAAGUUUUUAAGUAUGAAAGAAAUUGAUGAACAAGAAGAGAGACUUGUGAAUGAAAAUGACACAUAAAUGAAAGUAAAGAGGAGAAUUCUUACAUUUUUUUAUAAAGAAAACUAUUCCAUUUGCGAUGUAAUAAUAAGGUGAAAUUGAUAAGACAAGGAUUAAAAUUUUCUUCAUUUUUUCUGUGUUGAUACUAACUUAUUAACUUAUGAUAAAAGUAAAACAAGAGUGUGUGAGACUAUUUUUUCUCUCUUUCUAAUUAUAAACAAAUUAUCCAUAAAAUGGCAUUGUUGUGAGGAAUGACAAGCACAAAAAAUGAUGUUAUGCAAACAAAUUAGCGAAUGCCCUCCAUUUUAAUUGUGUGAAAAGUGAUGAUUAAUCUCAGAUUUGUCUUAAUUAAUCAUAAUUUCCGUUUAUUUUAAAAAGAAUAAUUCUUGUUGUGAGAAAUUUUAGCCAAUUCUUGUUUUUCCUUCUUUUUGGGGGAUGGAGCGACUUGUUGAUGAUGAUUAGGACUUGUUGCCAAAAUUAUUUACUCGAAAAUUGUUGAAUUUCUUUUUUAAAAACCUUACAAAAGCUAGGAUUUUAUUUUAACGGUU